AACAACCAAUAACACUUGAGAAGAGGAAGAAGCAACACAGCAACAGAACGAGCAAACUGUACUUCCUUACUUUGGGGAAAAAUUACAUUUGAUUUUGGGAACAGCGUGAGAAAUGAGAGAUUCUCCGCUACAACAGCACAUCUCACUUUGAGGUGAGGUGGCGCCAUGAUCCUGAAGUCUGCAGCAGCUGAAGGCCGCCAAGUUUGACAGAGAAAUUGCUGUCGCUCCUGCCACCAUGGGGACAACGAUGAGUGAGCCGUGUAUCUAUGACAAACUUUCUGAAAGCAUCGACAUCCUACGUCAGUCCGGCUACCGCUAUGGCAUGUCCGAGCGGGAGAUCGAGAGGUUCAUCAAGCAGGUCUUGGAGACCAAUGAGCCCAGAAGAGACCCUCCCCAGUUCCCAAUCCUGAGAGCCACAAUCAAGUUUUUGGUGGCAGUGGGUUUCCUGCUGGUGGUGGUGCUGGCCUUCACCUACCCCCAGAACACCCCACAGCUGGGACUGGUCAACCUGGGCUGUUACAACUGGUCGUCUCCGCUUAGCCACGUUCGCCUGCUCUCCCUACCCAUUGCCAAGAAGUACAACCUGCAAGGUUUUCAUGAGUGGUGGAGUGCUGGCGCUCUUAGACAGAGUUUGGUCAACUGUUCAGGAUGUGCAGAGAUCUCGUCUGUGCUGGAAGUCCCAGAGAGCCUCAGAGGAACCGUGACCCUGCGACGAGGCCCACAGCUCGUCCUGCUUAAGGGUGGGGAGUCCCUCACCAUCCAGCGGCAGCAGCUGGAGGAGCUCUACUUGGCCCACUCAGGCUCCAUGUCUAUUCUACUGGAGGAGGACGACGACAGCCAGCAGAACAACAACCUUGGCCUCCCUCAAGGACCUGCCAACUUCACCCUGCUCUGGAGGUUCAGUUCUGGGACCAGGGAGAAGGUGUUGAGGUGGCUAUUCCCAAAGGCUGAGCUCUGCCCCCUGCUGGACAGUGCUGGGACCAUCCUGCAGCGUUGCCUGGUCACCCACAGCACAAACUCCCAGAGCAAGGGUGUCAGGGUGUUGGGUUGGCUGGUGGUGGGCGAGGGGCUGCCAACCGUUCGAGUUCUGCCUGUUCAACGCUGUCAGAAACACUGCAGCUCCUUCAACCUAUGGCUGACACCUGGAGACAUGGUGUAUGCUGACCCUCGGUACUGGCAGAUGGAGCUCUUCCCGGGCCGUGGUCAGAACAUCAUCUGUGACGGAUCAGCCUUUUAGCCAUCAGGGUUGCAGAGUCUAGGACUGGGGUGUAACGCACAAGUUCGGCUGUGAAUGUUUGGGGAUUGGAGCUUGUUGACCUUUCUGUCUCUCUGCACAUGGAUGCUUUAUAACCUCCGCCCUGUUUUUUUUUUGUUUUUUUUUUUAUGUGUGGCACUGAUAAUCCUCCCAACAUCCUCAAAUAGUUGGAAACUACUGCACAUAUAGAUUCAGUUUUGGGGGCGGGGGGGGUGACCUCCUGCAGACUCCUGCAAGGACUUCAGAGGACUGAGGAGCAACUUUGUGACUUUGUAUAGUUGAACAGCUGAGAAUCAUCUGUUCUUGUGCCACAGCUUAAAAUUGAUCUCUAGUAAUUAAAAAAAAAGAAAUUGUUUGUUGUGUCUGUUUAGCGGAUUGUUAUGAUGCUCUUGUAUCUAAGAAUCAAGCAAACCUUGAAUCCAGAUGGGUUACCAUCAGGGAAAUAUCUAUAAUGCUUCUAUCUAGUUUGUCAAACACAUCGGUGUUUGAAGUGGAACAGUCCGCGAGCUGCAGGAGACACACCUACAGCUUCUGCUCUUUACUAAAUACUAGAAAACCAGUUAACCCAGGCCAAAACAACCACAAUGUUCUCUGUUAUCGCUAGUAGUAUGCACAACACCCACUAAUUUUAAUAUAAAUUAAACCUCAUUUUGCAUAAAUAUCUUAUUUAAAUAAUUUUCUAUAAAUGUAUGUCCGUAAUAGUUAUUUACGUACUAAGAUAAGCUAAUAACAGACAACAUAUUCUAUAUAAAGGAGGCAAAAAGAAGCCAUGACGACGCUUUUAUUAAACUAGUCAUUUAAGGCAAAUAGCUUGCAGAACUUGUACAGUAGUGCCUCGAGUCAUGACAUUCAAAAGCAGCCUUAUAGUCACAGAUUUUAAUUACGAAUGAGUUUAAAUCAGUUUUGUUUUUGUUUUUUUUAACUGUCAAAUCUGAAAUGUUACAUAAUGGUGCCUCUUGUUUGAGGAAACCAUUUCUGAUUAUAAAUAGCAAAGACAAUGUACAGUUAAUUGGUUCUAUGUCAUAUUAUUGGGCAGAGAAGAAACUUUUAGAUGAAUGUCAUGCAGCUUGGAAGUCAUUAAAGAUUAUAUAAUGAUUGCUUGUGAUUUUUCCAGUAUUUUCUGUGGAUUAUUUGGACUUAACACUAUUUCCCAUCCCAUCAAUACAUUUGAUGACAAAUCUCCAGUUUCAGCUGAGUCAUUGUUUUUGCUUAUUUUAUAAGUGGUAAAUUAUUAGUUUUAAUUAAAAUAUGUUGUGAUAUAUUUUGGAUUAUCAUUGCCAAUUUUCAGCAGCAGUAGUCUGAGAAAGAGAAAUAAAUCAGUUUGGCAAAGUUGAUGCUUGUUGAAUGAAAGGUUUCUACAUUUGAAAGACAAAUUUCCACAUCAUCUCAGCUAAAACAAAAUCCUUGAAAAUGUCAGACUUGCAUAGAGAUGUGAUGGUUUUAUUAAAAAAAUAAAAACUUCUGUUCAGU